UGCUUCUGCUUCUGGGUCGGGGUUACUUACUUCUGUACUGUUAUUAGGUUAUGUUUUACGUUUAUUUAUGUCUUAGUUUGUGAGUGUAUGCGACAGAAACCAAAAUUCGAAUUACUCUGAUUAAUUAUGCUAUGGUAGUUAUACUAUCAAAGUAAUUUAAAAUUAUUCCGUUGGCCUAACUUACUAAAGACCUAAGCCUAAUUCGUGACAAGAAGACAACGUUUCGUCUACCUACAGUAGGGCCUACACUAAUGGUUUUAGCAUGUCGAUCUUCGGUUUGUUUUAUACUUAAAAUAAUGGUAUUAUUUGCUUUAACUUCGUAGGAUUAAUAGGCCUGAACAGUAAUUAGUUAUAUUCUCACCAGCAAAGAUGUCAUUAAGACAACUGAACCUUAAGAAAGUACAAUUUCUGAUUGCUAAAAAUGAAGUUGCAUUAUUCAGAAAAUGUGCAACAAACAGCAAAUUUAGUUAUUCUACUGAUGCAGUUGUAGUCGGUACUCACUCCACAGACUCAAAUUAUCCACCAAUUUUGGACCCAUCUCCUAGUGAAGUUUACAAGAGAGAAAGAGAUGCCAAACUUGAUAAAAUGAAGAGACUCGGAACUGUCGAAGAAAAGCUGAUUGGAAUAAACAUGCCACGCUAUUAUGGUUGGAGUUCAAUUGUGCUACAGGAAGGGAAUUAUCCUUUUAACUUCAUGCCAUUUGUUCAACAUAUUACAAGAACAGACUUCCAAACAACCGAAAUUUUUCCUUUCCCCCAAAGUCAUGACGAGAGCCAUGUUAAAAAUGUCAUUAAAAUUAUUCGUCCUCAGCUGCAGGAUGCUUUAUUAAUGGAAUUGUCAAAAAUAAGACAUCUAUUUGAGUACGAUGGGUCUAAAGAGAAGAUGGGAGACAGUGAGAUAAGCAAUGAAAUCACCAAAGGAGUUGUUGAACAGAUUAAUCGUGUUCUUACUGCCAACCUUGCAAGUGGAGCACCUCACCUCUACCACACCGAGGUCGACUUUGAACCGCGAAUCGAAGCAUUUUGGAGGGUCGGAGGGUUCUAUCCUGACAAUGAAACCUACAAGAAGCGUGUUAAAGAUAAGGAAGAUUAUGAAAAAGAGUUGGAAAAGAAUCGACAUGCCAAGAGAAAAAACGAAGAAGAUCCUGAUGAUCUGGUAGGGCAUUUUAUACAAUAUAUCGGAACUCCGGUGCUGCAAUUGAGGCAUCCGCAGCCCUUGAGGUUGUUGGAAUGGCAAUCAUCUGAGACAGCGAACAGUGAGUUUGACCUACAGCAUGUACCUUCCCUACGAUAUGACCCUGGCUUUUAUGGACUGGAGAAAAUCAGAAGACACGGAACCAACAUUCCAGGUUUUUGGCCCGGGGACCCUUGUGAGUUUGGAUUGUUGUCGUUCCACAAUCGGGGCCAUUUGCUCGGCCGACCGCCCAGCUUUGGGGAGGAAGAUGUAGAUCACACAGUCCACGCCCAGGCUAUGUUGGCUGGGUAUUCUUGGAUGCUUGCGCAGGCUGCUUAUCAAGGUUUCUCCACGUUUCAUGACAUUACCUACCCACUAACCACAACUACAGUGGUCACAGAUGGACGUGUGUUUUCAUUCUACGCCAGUCAACUCAACACACUUCUUCUACACGAUGAGUUCAUCGACAUAAACCCCAAAGUGAACGUAUGCUGUUCUCUGCCUACCUGUGAACUCUACGAGAGAAUAGACGGAAAUGAGUUUGUUGGGUGGAAUGACCAAGCACUGGAGUAUCUGGUGCAAGCUUACCUGAACAAACCUGAGGCCCGCGAGGGAGUCGACAUGAAGCCUUACGUAGACAAGGACGUUCCACUGGUGAAGGACAUAAGUCACGAGGAGCGGAGGGAAUGGCUUCAUGGACGUUUCCGCCAUUUGUACUCCAACAGGCCUCGACACCGUCUGGCACCCGAGAUGUACGAUUGGGAAGAAAUAUACAAGGUGAAGUUUGACGCAAGGCCCUUUGAUGCCAAAAGGAGAUUUUUUGAAAUCGACGUUGAUCCUUUCAAGAGGCGUUUGGAUGACCACAGCAAACCUUAUAUCCCAAGAAAAUUCAGGGAUCCAGAAAAUUACAAGAAGAAGUUUUACGAUACUUUCUACCCUGAUUGUUAAUUUUGUACAUUUAUAGUUAUUGAAAAAAUAUAAUAGUUCUUAAGUAA